AUGAUAGAGAUCGACUUCAUCCAGUAUAACCCCUCGCAGGGCCCUCGACAGCGAGACCUAGACCGAUUGCGCGCCAUAUCCCACGCCGCCCGGGUGACCCACGAGAACCGCAGGCGGUCCACCAAGCGCCAUGUCAUCGCCCUUAACCGCGGCCAGUCCAGUAUUGACCGUCAUGACAAAACCGACCGAGAGGAGGAAGACCGCUAUGAAGAAGUCGUGGGAGAGCCAAUUCUAGUAGUCUCAGCAGCCUUCCAGGGCAACUCGGAUCCAUUCUCAUGUGUCGCAAUCAACAUCACAUCGGAGCUGAACAGAGUCCUCACCUUCGCCAGAGACGUUGUUCUGCAGGCACAUUACACCCCUUUCGCGAUCCGCACAAUGUCGUACCAAACAGCCAGCCGUUUCGAACAGCCGACCGUUGGAAGAGCCUGGGCCGACAUAUCCGCGAGCCUCCGCGACGAGGGCACUGCUCUUGCUCGCCUGACGACCUACAGCCAGCUCCUGAGCAACUGCGUGGCUGACCCCAAGGAGUUGAGAACUUUGGUGUUGCGGAUGCGCCAACGAAGUCUUUACCUGCUGCGCAAAAAGCUGGAAGGUCACUCGAAACUGUCUGAAGCUGAAGAGAGGGGCAAUUUGAAGCGGCACAUAUUUGGACUCUUCGACGCUGAAUGUUUCUGCGGGGACACGGAAGCCGCUCUUGUUCAUGGUAAGGCCUUGCAACAGCUGACGAAUGAGAGCAACACGCUCGACAUCCCUCUGGCACAGAGGCUGCUCUAUAUCAUUUGCCACACGGCAGCCUCCAGAGGACAGAGAACCCUGUCGACCGUCAGUAAAUGGAUCAUACAAAAGUUCGACGUCAUAUUUGAGAGGAGCCUGCCAUCCCAGCCCCUGGGUGUCUUGAAAGUUCCAUACGUCCAUACGAAUGUCACCUUGCCCGAGUUGCAAGAUGUGUUUGUGGGAGUCAGGUAUUUAGCAGAGUGGACCUUGCGAGAACCACAGACAGACGACUCAGAAGCCAUUGAUUCUGCAAAGGAAAAGGAGGCGGCUUUCCUGUAUGCAACGGUGCAGGCUCUGGUCAACAUGAGCCGCCUCAACGACAUGUACCACGACCUCGUCGAAGCCGUGUGGAUGGCUGAUGCCGGCGAUGGCGAGAGAUACACUCAAGUAGGACUGGCUGUAGCUCUGAACUACAUGACUCGGAAGCUGUUUGGCGACUUGACCAUCAACGGUGUCAACGUGCGGGAUUUCUCGGCUGUUCAUAUGGAGCAGCUGAAGUCAGCCUUGCAACUGGCAUACACCUCUAGCAGCCCCGAGGAUUACGCCUUCUUCGCACCAGCACACUUGUGGCUUCUAUUUAUCGGAGCUUCAUGCGAACACAAGGGGAAAGAGAAGAAGCCGCUUGCUGACAUGUGGUUCAGUCCACUCCUCAUGUUUCAGGCUAGGGCCAUGGGAGUGGUGAGUUGGUCACAAAUGCGUGCGCUGGCUGAGCAGUUCUUAUACACCAGUGCACUUGAACCGGACGGUGGCCUCUGGUUCGUUUCCCUCAUGAAGCGGUUGGAGUACUCAUCGCCUCAAAGCAAGCUGGCUAUGCUGGCCAAAUUUCCCUGGUUUCUCAAGCACAAAGGUGGACUGCGUCGAAGCGAGGAAGGCUUGUUCUAG